UAUAAGAGGAGCCAUCCUCUUAACAAACUCUCCUCCUUCCAGAAAAAACAUAUCUUAACAAUCGUCGCCAGAACUCCUGUCUUUCCGUUGCCGUUGGGAGAUGGCGACGGCGAGAGACGCCAUGGAAGAAGGCUUGCUUCUCAAAGAAAGAGAUGACAGAACCACAUGGCGUGUAUUGGUGGAAGAGAUGAAGAAAUUAGGAUUUGUAGCAGUCCCGAUGGCUGCUGUGACUCUGUCGCAGUACUUGUUGCAGGUUAUCUCCGUCAUGAUGGUUGGUCAUCUCGGAGAACUUUCUCUCUCUAGCACCUCCAUUGCUAUCUCUCUCUCUAGUGUCACAGGCUUCAGCGUAAUUUUGGGGAUGUCUAGUGCACUCGAAACUUUAUGUGGACAAGCUUAUGGAGCUCAACAUUACCAAAAAAUUGGAACUCUGACUUACACUGCUAUAAUCUCUCUUUUGAUUGUUUGCAUUCCUCUUGCUAUCUUUUGGAGAUUUACCGGAAACCUACUCCUUCUUAUUGGUCAAAGCCCUUCGAUUUCACUUGAAGCUGGCAAAUUCAUAACUUGGCUAAUUCCUGCACUCUUUGCUUAUGCAAUUCUUCAACCACUUGUUCGAUAUUUCCAAAUGCAAAGCAAGCUAUUGCCCAUGCUUAUUAGCUCAGCAGUUGCUUUAUGCAUUCACGUUCCACUUUGCUGGUCCCUUGUAUAUAAAACUGGAUUGGGAAACGUUGGAGCAGCCGUAUCUAUGGGGGUUGCUAUGUGGUUAAAUGCUAUCGUCCUCUUAUUUUACAUGAUGUACUCCCCUUCGUGUGCAAAAACCCGUUCUCCAUUCUCAUUAGAGGUGUUUCAUGGAAUGAAACAGUUCUUCAGCUUUGCUAUCCCGUCAGCUGUCAUGAUUUGCCUUGAAUGGUGGUCAUACGAGUUUCUCAUAUUACUGUCUGGGCUUCUUCCUAAUCCGGAGCUCGAAACUUCAGUUCUUUCUGUGUGUCUGAAUACAAUUGCUACACUCUAUGCUAUACCAUAUGGAUUUGCUGCUGGAGUUAGCACAAGAGUCUCGAAUGAACUCGGGGCAGGGAAUCCAAGAGGGGCUCGCGUGGCUGUCAAGGCCAUCAUGCUACUCGCAGUUAUCGAGACCACCAUAGUCAGCUCUAUUGUUUUUGCCAAUAGGCAUAUUUUUGGAUACAUUUUCACGAACGAGAAGGAAGUUGUCGAUUAUGUCACAAAAAUGACCCCUUUUCUCUGCUUAAACAUUAUACUGGAUAGUUUACAAGGAACCCUUUCAGGUGUUGCUAGAGGUGUGGGAUGGCAGCAUCUAGGGGCAUAUGCAAAUCUUGCUGCAUUCUAUCUUGUUGGAAUCCCAGUUGCUGCUUUGUUGGGAUUUUGCACCCCACUAAGAGGAGAGGGCUUGUGGAUUGGAAUAGUAAUUGGUGCCAUCAUACAAGUUACUUUACUUGCAGUAGUAACAAUUUGUACAAAUUAUGAAAAACAGGCAAUGAAGGCGAGGGAGAGAUUUGUUGAGGAAGAUAGAGUAAACUGAAGUCGUUCACGAUUUGUUGAGGAAGAUAGAGUAAACUGAAGUCGUUCACUCUUAAUUUAGUUUCUAUAGAUCAAGUAUGGUAAACUCCAAUGGUCGGCUUUUUAGCUCUUCAUGCCCUUAAGGUUGGUGAAAAUUUUCAUAUCAUUCACUUUCUAUAUAUAUCUAUAUCAGUUUUCUCGUUACAGUUCUUGCUUGGCUUGAGCUCUGUCUCAAAAUAAAUGUGUAUUAUAAGAACGAUAUUGUUUUAAGAAUAUAUAAUUAAUACACGUUGUAAA